AUGCUACAUCCUCAAGGAAGACGGACUCUGAUAUCUCGGCCACGCCUGAGGUCUCUCCUCAUCAUUAUUCUGGCGGCGCUUUCGGUUUAUUUUUUGGUCUUUAGUGGUCCAUCGCCGCGGCUGCAGAUUGUUCCCUAUAAUAAGAGUGGGCACGCGGACAAACCAAACCCGACGCAAGACAACAAAAAUGCCAAGCAGGACGAAAAGUCCCCGCCUAUCCCCAAACCGGAAGACGUCGCCCUCAAACCCGACCCUGGCCAUCACCAUGAAGAGCCUACUGGGACUCGCGCGGGUUGGGAGAUUGACAUUGAGGAUUUGACCUACUGGUCUGAUCCCGACGACAAGGAAACAAAUGACGACGUCCUGCCGGGAUACGAAACGGACGGCACACAUCGAGAAGCUGGCGAUGUUGCGAGACUACAGCACGAGAAAGACUUGCGAAAGAUGUGGCGCUACGCUUACAAAACUACCUCCAAGCUCGCGAACUCAAACUUGGUCUAUGGCAACACUCUUAACCAACUUAUUCUGAAGGAUAAUCGAACCGAAGAACAGAGCAAGUACCUGCGGGAAGACCCCAAUGUCAAGUUCAAUUUGAACGAGGAUCAACCUGUGCGAUUCAACCCGUAUCCAGACUACAAUGGCGACGAAUGGAAGAAAAAUGGGCACGCACCUUACGUGCCUUGCAAGGGUCCCACUGGCGAAUUCGUCGAAGACCUUCUCGUUUACCGUGGCCGCCCGGCGAGGUGGCCUCAGACCAAGUUUGGGGGCUAUGACUUGUUCGGCAUUGAUCCCAACUUGUGCUGGGAACGUGACAGUCGACUGGGCCAAUACGGACUCUGGGAGAUGAAAAAGAAGGUUGGCGGAUCGUACCAAACAAUCAACUGGGAUAACAUUAAUUGGGGCGAACUGCAACAGCAUUGUCUUAAGCAGAAUGCUGACCGUUUCGACAUGACCAUGAGCAACAAGAACCCAUACCUGAACAACUACGCCGAGACUCGUCAGCCCGCACCGCCGCCAUCGGAGCAGAAGGAUAACAAAGAGGUCACUCACACCAAGUCGGAGCAGCCCAAAUCAGACACCCCCAAAAUCAAAGGACGCUCCGUUGCUGCCAAGCGUGGAGAAGUUACCAAGGAGUCGCGAACUGCCGUUCUUCUUAGAUCUUACACUGGGAUGAAAUAUAGCGACAACGACAGACAGGUCAUUCGUGCUCUGGUCAGCGAGCUCAGUCUCAAGACCGGUGGUCAGUACGAAGUCUUUCUCUUGGUUCAUUCUAAGAAUCAAAGUCUCCCGAUCUUUGAUGACGACGAGCUUUACCAAACUGUUUUGAAGGAGAAUGUACCUGCGGAAUUCCAUGGCAUCACUGUGCUGUGGAACGACCAUCAGGUGUGGGAUGUGUACCCGGAGCUGAAGGAUGAGUAUGCACGGGCAGUCCACAGCGCUCAGUGGCUAUCGGUGCAGAAGUUCAGCCAGGACCACCCACAGUUCGACCAGAUUUGGAACUGGGAAAUGGAUUUCCGAUACACUGGGCACCAUUAUGACCUCCUUGAGAAGAUAUCCGCAUUUGCAAAGAAACAGCCACGCAAGUAUCUGUGGGAGAGAAACGAGCGCUACUACAUUCCUGAAUAUCACGGUGAUUAUGACUCGUCCUUCCGUGAGGACGUUGCCAAGAAACGAGGUAACAACACCAUUUGGGGACCUCCCGACCUACCAUUUAUCAAGCCAGUCGGCCCCAAGCCUCCUGUGGCGUCGCAUGAAGAGGAUAACUAUGAAUGGGGUGUUGGCGAAGAAGCCGACUUCAUUAGUGUUGGCCCUAUUUUUGAUCCCGUUGGCAGCCAGUGGAUUAUUUCCAACCACGUAUGGGGAUACAGCGAUGCAAACCACAAGUCAACUGAUUUGCCUCGUCGCACGACUAUUGUGACACAAUCUCGAAUUUCGAAGCGUCUCCUUGACAUCAUGCAUGUCGAGAAUCUACGCGGUCAGCAUGUUGCGUCUGAGAUGACGGCACAAACUGUUGCUCUACUUCAUGGCCUGAAGACAGUCUUCGCUCCUCACCCCGUGUUUAUGGAUCGAGAUUGGAAAGGAGGCUUCCUCAAUAAUUGGUUCAACCCUGGACCUGCUGGUGAAUCUGGCGGUCGCGGCUCGCCUUUUGGUUGGGGAAGAGAGCGCCGUUUCCAAGGUACCACCUGGUAUUACCGUGCCGAACCACCGAACCGACUGUACAACAACUGGAUGGGGUGGGUUGAUACUGAUAUUGGUGGAUUUGACUGGGAGAAGAAACAUGGUCGCCCUUGUUUGCCAUCUGUGAUGCUUCACCCCAUCAAGAACACAAAACCAACAAAGCCUGGCCACAAGUCGGGUUUCGAGUUGGCUAUUGGUUAA